AUCAAAUUUCCCUUAUAAUAAUGACUUUAAAAAAUAGAGUAAUUCCCAUAAAAGAAUGCAAACAAAGAAAAACAUUUUCCAACAAAUGUAAAUUAAACAAAAUAACCAAAAAGAAAAAGGUCUCCAUUCCUUCCAUUUAAGGAUAACUAUAUUAACUCAGUUUCUAGGUUUUCAACCCAAGGCGGAGCAGCUCUACCACCCUUACUCGUCUUGUCUCUGCCUCGACCACCACCCUUUCUCAAGGGCUGAAUGCUUUGUUUGCUUUUUUAGUAAAUUUGACAAGUAAGAAGUGCAGUUAGAAUACUUGGCAAGAUGGGAAGAUCGAGUAGGCCUAAAGAAAAGUAUGAAAAAGGUGGUGAGCUCCCACAACAUGAUUCCCAUGAAGGAACUUCUGCCCGGACAAGGCCUUUCAGCUAUGAUGAGAUUAUGUUUAAGAGGAAUAGUAAAAAAGUUAAUGAAAAUGCUGAAAGUGUCAAAGAAGGAAAUACAGAAGUGGGUAGGAUAGCAAAGGAGAGGCCAAUCCAGAAGGAUAUUAAUGUUAAGAAAUCUGAAGGAAGGCACAGACACAGUAAAGAUUUUUCUCGUGGUCAUGAAAAGCACCUAUUGGAUGAAUUGGAGAAGAGUACUUCCCACAAGAAAGUUGAGAACGCAUCUAGGAGAAACGAUAGCAUGUCUAAGCAGAAAAAUGGGGAGAAUCAUGGGUCGGAAAGAAGAUUGAAAUCUGAAGUGAGAAAAGAUAUGGGUGUUAAGGAUGAAGGCGAAUACGAGAAACAAAUUCAUGUGAGGACAAAAAAUGAGCGACCUGCUGGUGGUUCUGAAAAUAUAGAUGCAAAGAAGCAUUCAAGAGAUAUAGUGGAGAGAUAUAGGCAUGCAGGCAGAAUUAAGGGAAAAUCUGAGAGAGAUAUCAAGAGAAAACAUCAAACUAGAGAUGGUGAACAGAAUAGAAAAAGGAAUACUACAAAAAAGCAUGAUAUCCGAAAGGGGCAGGCUUCAGAAAGUAGUGAAAAAAAAGAGAAGAAAGAAUCAUCAAGAUCCCAUUACGAGGAAUCACACCAUAAAAGGAGACGGUCACAGAGCCGAGAGUGUGAGGACAGGCAUGGAAGAUCUAUUUCUUUCUCACCAAGGGCACACAAGCGUGCAUCUCAUCAUGUGUCAGAGCACGAACAGUUCUUACAUGGUGUAAAAGGGAGGACUGGAAGACAGCAUUCUGAUGACAGGAGCAGAAUGACAAAUAAUGGCUCAAGUGGCCACCAUAGGCGACAUGGUGUGUCCACAAGUGGUCUUGGUGGCUACUCUCCAAGGAAGAGAAAGACUGAAGCUGCUGUUAGGACACCCUCCCCAGCUCAUCGCUCAACGGAGAAGAGAACAGCUAAGUGGGAUCUUGCACCUGCAGAAACAGAAAAGAUAGUUUCUGGUUCAGUUUCGUCUAAUUUACAGGCAUCAAGUCAAACGAUUUCCUUAAACAUGCAUGCAGUGUUCAAUGCUGUUCCUAGUGUUUCAAUUACAAGGAAGCCUCUUGUUGUGGCUUCGCCUAGCUCUUUAUCAUCAAAGCAUACUGUCUCCUUUGACUCUGUUCAGUUAACAGAAGCUACCAGGCCUAUGAGAAGGCUUUAUGUAGAAAAUGUGCCAGCUUCAGCCUCUGAGAAAGCUAUUAUGGCAUCCUUUAAUAAUUUUUUGCUUUCAUCUGGCAUCAAUCAUAUUCAAGGAACGCAACCAUGUAUUAGUUGUAUUAUACACAAAGGAAAGGGCCAAGCUCUUGUUGAGUUCCUUACACCAGAGGAUGCUUCUGCGGCUCUUUCUUUUGAUGGCAGCACCUUCUCUGGUUCCAUUCUUAAAAUCAGACGCCCUAAAGACUUUGUUGAAGUGACUGGUGAACCACAGAAAUCAGAGGCAACAGUGACCACAGUCAGUGAUAUCGUGAAGGAUUCACAUCACAAGAUCUUCAUUGGUGGAAUUUCAAAGGCUCUUUCACCUGAAAUGCUUGUGGAGAUCGCUAAAGCCUUUGGUCCUUUGAAGGCAUAUCACUUUGAGAUUAAUGAGGAUCUAAGUGAACAAUAUGCUAUUCUUGAGUAUGUAGACCAAUCUGUUACCCACAAAGCCUGUGCGGGUCUGAAUGGAAUGAAGUUGGGAGGGCAAGUAAUCACUGCAGUUCAGGCUGUUCCUGAUGGCUCAUCCUUGGGAAAUGGUGGAGACCAACAAUCCUGUGUUAUCCCUCAAUUUGCUAGGCCACUUCUUCAGAAACCUACUCAAGUCCUUAAGCUUAAAAAUCUGUUCCCAGAUGACUUGUCAUCACUAUCUGAAGCAGAGGUGGAAGAAGUACUAGAAGACGUACGGUUAGAGUGUUCCAGGUUUGGUACUAUUAAAUCUGCUAAUGUUGUCAAGCAUGCAAAUAGUAUCAUCACAACUGGAGAUAACAAAAUGGAUGAUAAUACGAGGGAAACUGGGACCAGGCAGAACCUCGAAGAUGAUGAAAUAAAUGUUGAAAAAGAGACAAUGGAAGAAGUUACUGAUGGAAACUCAGGAGGAACUGCUGGGAUAAAAUUUCCAAGUGACUCUCACGAUGUAAUGGCAUGCAGCAGCUAUGAUGAUGAGAAACUUGUGGGCAACCUUUUGGACAAUGAGUUAUGUCCACAAGUUGAGUUUGAAGGUAAUAUCAAUAGCGAAGACAUAAACCAAGGGAGCUUGGAUGCUGAGCCAUGUCAGCUUGAGGGGCUUGAUAGCAACAGUGCUGGUGGAGCUCAGAUUGAUACUGAAAUAGCUGUUGAAGAUCAGGCCUUGGAGACUGCAGACAAGACAGUUUCUCAAAGGGUUGCUAAUUCGGUGAAUACCUCAAAAGAGGAAUCAGAUUAUCAUUCUGAUGGGAAUGCCGAUAAUAUUCAAAGUGACGCCACAAAUUUUGGGAAGAUAUUGGCAGCUGAAGAAAACUCAAAUCUGGAGGAAGUCAAUGGAGAAUUACCAGAAGGUCAUACUGAGUUGGCAGUCGAAGAUCCUAUCACUAUGAGUGUCUCAGUAACAAUCUCUCAACAGAUCCCUAUGCUGCUGAAUACCUCAAAAGAGAAACCAGACUCUCAAUAUGAGAAGAUUGCUGAUAAUACUCAAAGUGCAGUCAUAAAAGUUGAAAAAAAAUUAGUGUCCAAAGAAGAUCUGCAGCAGGAGGAAGCCAACGGAAAGUUACUGGAAGCUGUUGAUGGUUCUACUGGUAGUGUGAGAAUGGAAUCAGAUACUAUUGAUGAAGAUGAAAAUAGCAAGGAGAACAAUUUGAAACAAAUUUUUGAGCCUGGCUGCGUGUUUGUUGAGUAUAGAAGAAUAGAAGCUUCAUGCAUGGCUGCUCACUGUAUACAUGGACGGCUAUUUGAUGACCGGAUUGUGACAGUGGAGUACAUUGAUCCAGACCUUUACCGGGUGAAAUUUCCAAAAUGAAUUGGAUCACUGCAAUUGGAGAUAUAACUCCAUCUAACCUUCAAACUCCAUGUGUGCUUAUUUUUGUAGUAUUUUGUGCGUCAUCAUGGUUCAUUGGAGUAUCAUUACAGUAGUCCUCGGCCAUAUGACACGAGGAAAUCUCACUUUGACUAGCUUGGACUUAUAAUUUUUUAAGGCUUCAACUAGUCUGUACUUAGAACAGGACCCUUUGUUGCAAUAUGUUAGGCACUGGAAGUAACAGGAGCUACGUCUAUCUGACGAUCUUGGUGCUGGUCACUCCAUUUAUCAACCGUCUGAGAACCCAAUCUGUCUCUUUCUUCUUUUAUUUGAGAUUGCUGCUGUAAAAGGAGAUAUGCUACUGAUAGUUAGACGUUUGUGUGUUACACACUGGUAUUUUUGUAGUCCUGCAUGGAUAGGGCCACUGACUUUUUUUCUUUUUUUUUUUUCAUUUGAUUACCAUUGAUGAUACAUUAGGAAAAAUGUUAACUUGUUGU